AUGACUGGUUCAACAUUUGAUAGCAGCCAGCUCGUUUUCACUGCUUGCAUGGGUUACCAAGAUGUAAACGAAAGUAGAUUGCAGGAACUAAGGAGCAAGCACAGGCCAGCUGUGAUAGCUGCGUUUGAGGAAAGACUAAAGGGGCUUCAAGCUUGGAGGGAUUCUAAAGACCUUGCGACCAAAUUAUAUAACUCUAAUCAAGACCCAAAAUCAGUUUUGUUAAAUUUCAGCAAAGCCUCACUGUCGAAUGGGAGCUUGUCUCGUUCUGAAUCAGGAUCCAGUAACGCAGACGAUGUCUUGAUUGGUUUGACUGGGGAUGGAGAGAUAGAUUGUUUCCAAGACCUUCAAAGACAGGUUACUCGGUUGAAGGGUGAACUCUGCAAUUUGGUUGAGGAGAAGCGAUCGGCUUUACUAAGAGCUGAAGAGUUGGAGGUUGCUCUCAUGGAGAUGGUCAGACAAGACAAUCGACGUCAGCUUAAUGCUAAGAUUGAGGAGUUAGAGCAAGGGGUGAAAGAGCUUCGAAAGCUUGUGUCUGAUAAGAAGGAUCAAGAAGCUACUAUGAUACAGGUUUGCAUUUCAGAUCAAUAUGUGCUCUCUUCUAGCGCAAUUCAAUUUGCUGAGCUGGAUGCAGCAGAGCAGAGACAUGCUGCCGAAAUGCUUCAGGACAAAUAUGAGGAAGCUGUUGCUGGGCUUGGGGAGAUGGAGGAGAGGGCAGUAAUGGCAGAGUCCAUGUUGGAGGCGACUUUGCAGUAUCAUAAAGCACAACCUUCACCACCACGUGAAACUAGAGACUCUUUUACUUUCCCAUCUGAUACAUUGACUAUUCAGGAAAGUGAAGCAAGAUUUGCCGGUCAUGAUCAGUCCCUCAUAAAAGUCAGCCUUCCUAAGCGAUGA